UGUUAAGCGGAUGAUUCCGCUCAGAUGAGAUGGGUUGCGCAACCACACGCCACAGCUCCUUGCCCCAGGGCAUUGACGUGCUCAUCACAUUGUCCCAUAGUCUGCGAGACACAACAGCCUUAGAACUGGCAGGCUGGAUGCAGUCUGUUUGUACUGAGCGAGGGCUGAAUGCAUUCUAUCAAGAAAACCUAUCAGGGUCUGUUAAACUUGAUGGGCCCCGCAGGCGCGUUUUGAGAAAUGCUUUUGAGUCUGCCAGAUGUGUUGCUGCUGCAGCUGUAGCAAGUGCACACAAACAUGCUGACACUGCACCUUUGGCAAAUGAGAUUCUUUGGGCCGAGCAACAUCGCAAACAGGUUGUGCUCGUUUACGACUCAUCCAGACCAUUUGACUUGCACCUUUGGGAGUCUACAUGGCCUUCAUUAUUUCAGCCGCAGCCUCUUGUGGCUAGGUAUUACGGAAAGGGCCACGAGUCUUGUGUUGAGGGGUUCAUUGCACAAGUGCACUCUGCAUUGUCUGGUGCCAUAGAGAGGUCUGCACCGUCUGCACCUAGCAAGCCCAAACCUAUAAACGAUGAUCGACGGGCUCUUGCCAAUGUAGCUGCCAUAGUCGAAGAAAUAAGUUUCUCUGAUGAAGGUUGGGAGUUAGCCUUGAAUCAACUCCGUGCAGUGCAGCCAAACGAUUUACCAGUCACAGAUGUCCGAUCCAGGGGCAUUUUGAAAAGGUCUUCAGAGCGAAAGUCGAAGCGAAGGAGUCCCGAUGGUGCUGAUCUCAUACCUGAAGAGGCGACUCAAGAAGCAAUCCAUUACAUUUUAAAUGCUCUACCAGCGACAGCUCGGGAUGAGCGAGCAUGCUUGGAGCUUCUUUGUGCAAGUGUUGGUGUGAGUGAGCGCCUGGUUGCAGCCUCACUUCGAUUACUGUCGGCUAGAAUAAAGAUAAUUGCAGAAGUUCCAGAUGUCAAGGAGGUGGUGUUGUGGUCCAUGAUUGCAUUGAGACGACACAGUGACAGCGUGGAUGUUUGCACCUUUGCGAUGGAAUGUCUCGAUUGCACAGCAACUCUUGGGGAUAAGUUGCUUGUGUUCUCAAGCGCCGAUGCAGAAUCCUUGGUUGCAGCCAUUCGAAACUUUCCCUCUUGUCAUGCCUUGCAACGUCAUGGCUUUUCUUUUCUUCGGCAUUUGUUGGUUGCACAGGGUCAACAGCAUGCGGAUGAGGCAGAUGAUGGUUUGCAGACAGAUGUCCAUCAUGAUAUGCUUGCCCUUCCUGGAGGUGGUCUUGCAAGGGUGGUUACAAGAUUGGGAGCUGCUGAACUGGGACUUUCUUGCUUGUCCGCUUAUCGAGGAGACGAAGACCUCUUCCAGGAUAUUUGCUUUCUUCUCGAGGUACUGUGUCCUUCCUCUCGUGAAGUAAAGCUGUCAGUCCUGAAGAAAGGUGACCUUUGGGUGCAGCACCUGAGACGCUCUGCUGGGAGUGGUCACGUGGUGCUCUCCAUGCUCUCCUCACUUGCUGAUGAUGAUGAGAACAAGGUUGCUGUCGCCGCAUUGCCUGGUCUUUUGGAGGCCUUGCUGUGGCGUUUGAAAUUGCCAGAGGAUGUGCUUGAGGUGUUCGCUCUUCUCUGUUGCUUGACGUCUCAGUGCCUUCAGAACAAAAGGCUGUGUUCGUCGUUUUGCGAUGCUGCUCUUCUGACAGAGGCUGUGAGGUGUUCGUCUUCUUCUGAAUCUGCCACAGCCAUCCGCCUUGCUGCUGGUGGCUUCCUUGUGAAUGUGUGCAGUGACAGCAGGAGCGUUACAACCGCUUUGUCAAGCCGCUUGAAUGAUGCUGCUAUUUCGCUCAGUGACAGCUUUGAUGAUGAGCUGGUGCGCUGUGGGGAGGCCUUGAGGCAAUUGACUCAAAAAAAGGACCUUGCUAGUUUCCCACACGCAAGUGAUGGUGGACGCUGGAAACCCAACGGCUCAGAUCUUGGAGAUCCGCAAAACCCUUUUGCAGGUCUUUUUGCCAUUCGACGCCAGGCUGGAAAAGAAGCAGAAGAGCUGCCGAGGGUCAUGAAAGACGAUGUUGCCAAAGAAAUUCACCAAAACAGGACACAGCUGCCGGAACCGAAGGGUCCAAGAGAGUAUCGGGGACCAGGAUGGCAGAGAUUGCCAAGUCACUUGAGAGGCCACUGUGAGGAGACAAACGACAGAGAGGUCAAAGACAAAAAAGAUGAGAACACCUUGAGCAACAGCUUUGAAUUAGGUGAAUGGGCUUCAAGCCAAGCUGCCCUUCCCCUCAAGGGCUUUGAGGGCCUCAGCAAAGAGCUGUGGAUAGGCUCAACAGGCGACAAAGACUACGGGGAGCAAUUUGAGGUGGAUCAAGAAGAGGUCUCUGGGCCUUCACGGCCUUCACCCAGGUCAUUGCUCCAGGAGGAGCUCGAAGCUUCAACACCUUCAUUGCCAGCUGCCAAUCCAACGCAAGCUCCGGCGAAGGUCUCCAAAGGCCGAACCCUGCGCCAUGAGUUGGACAAGUUGCGUCAGGCAUCUCCAGCUCCGAAGGCAUCAAGGACGCUGACAGAAAGGCUCUUCUCCUUUUUCAGAAGAUCAUCAAGUUCGGAACCUGAACACCAAUCAGGCGUCACAGCUGCUAGAGCAGCUAGAGACCAUGACCUGUGGAUGGCAGAAAUGGCAGCUUCCACAGCCAUCGAAGAAGGUGAAGUUGAGAUUGAUGUGCGCAUGCCCAGCCAACAUAGUCUGGUUGACAAGGCACGGAGUCGUCCUGGCCUUGGGAGCCGGGGGAGGUCCUUUGAGAGCGAAGGACCACUAAGCAAGAGCAGCUCAAAGCUGCCACGAUUUACAAGCCAGGAUUUCAAUCACUGAGCGAGCAUUUUUCUGGGCUACUCUUUGCUGCCCAUGCAAGACGCUGACCUACAUAGGAGUGCUAAAUCUGUAGCCUAUGUAGAAUUGUCAUGAAUUUUCAAUAUGUACACAGAGGAAUGGAACGCUGCAGCGUUCGUCGCUACAAAGUCUUAGCGAUAGCGGUGUGACAAAUGUUUACCAUGAAGCA